AUGCCUGGUACCUUGGUAGCUACCUGUCCCAGCAAUAUAACUGCCAGAAAACCACUCGAACCUCAAAACAACAAUCAUUACCAUAACCUUCCAACAAUAAGUCCAAAAAAUGGCAUCCGAAAACCAACCUCCAACCGUCAUUUCAACGAAGCAAACACCCGAGGAAGAGUCGCAAAGGAGUACAUGUCAAUCGCCUACUCCCCGACCGAAAACAAAGGCGCCGAGUCAGUUCGCCACCUCUGUACCGCCGACAGUUGGUUCUGGAGUCCUUCUACAUUCCCGGGCUGUUCUACCCCAAUGGACUACGCCGAGUCUCAUGCGCGUGUAAUGGCCUCUGUAAACGACUUGCACAUUGUGCGGUAUGAUCAGGCGUGGGCUAAGGACGGCCAUGUGCUGUUGCGAUAUACGGCGGAAGGGUCACACUCCGGGGAGCCCUAUCAGGGUAUUGAACGGUCGGAUCCACCGAAAAAGGCAAGAUGGAGCGCUGCGGCUAUCUUUGAGAUUGAGGAUGGGAAGGUGAAGAGCUUUACGAAGGAUUGGGAUCAGAAGGUGAUGCAGGUAACUCGCUCAAACUUUUGGAAUAGUGGGUAUAGUAUAGUAACUGACUGGUCGAUGCAGAUUCAACUCGGCUGGGCACCGGUUGGUGAGAGUAAGGAUCCUCGGUGGGAUCCGGAGAUGCUUGCACAGCCUGAGCUGGCUAGGGAUAAGAAAUAG